AUGACCGGUCAGAUUUGGCGCAAUGAAGCAAAAGACAAACCAGUUUUGUGCAAUGCAAGUGGAUCAAGAUAUAAGAAAUGGGGCAGCCUUGAGAACUAUCGCCCCAAGUGUUUUAAAUCAAAGUGCCACAAUAACCUUACAAAUUUUAAGGGUAGAAGCAAUCUCGAUAUUAAGGACAAACCUUUAAGCUAUGUUCCAGAUUCAGGUAAGAAAAAUCCAAGUUUAUGGAACUUUAAAAUCCCUACUAAGAAACGUUCACGGGUGGUGUACAAGCAGAUGACACAAAUGGAAAUGUUUCAAAAACAACUUCUCAAUUUGUGGAGAUAUCACUGGAAACAAAAUGAGUCAUCCCCAGAAGAUGAUUUAUCGUUCCAUAACGUGAAUAACUUCAUACCUAGCAAUGAAAUAGGCCAUGGAUGCAUUCGUCUUGAACCAGAUGGUACUUCUACAUAG